GGCUCCGCUCCCAUGCCUUCAUUUCUGCUUCCUCCGCCCGCCACUUCCCUCUUCUCGCGAGACAUCAGCCCCUCUUCUUUCUUUUACCCGACGCCGCCAGCAUGCCCUCCAGACUGAGGAAGACCAGGAAGCUGAGGGGACACGUCAGCCACGGCCACGGUCGCAUCGGCAAGCACAGGAAGCAUCCCGGUGGCCGUGGCAAUGCUGGGGGUAUGCACCACCACAGGAUUAACUUUGACAAAUAUCAUCCUGGUUAUUUUGGGAAAGUUGGUAUGAGACACUACCACUUGAAGAAGAACCAGAAUUUCUGCCCUACUGUUAAUCUGGAUAAACUGUGGACACUUGUUAGUGAACAGACAAGACUCAACUAUGCAAAAAAUCAGGCUGGAUUAGCACCUGUCAUUGAUGUUGUACGCUCAGGUUAUUACAAAGUCCUGGGCAAAGGGAAGCUGCCCAAACAGCCUGUAAUUGUGAAAGCAAAAUUCUUCAGCAGGAAAGCAGAGGAGAAGAUCAAAGAAGUUGGUGGAGCCUGUGUGCUUGUGGCAUAAAAGAUUUUUUAAUCAAGUUUGAAUAAAGACUAUCAGAUGUCUGAAAUUA